UGGAAGGACCGAUCUCCAAAAACCUUCAACUCUACAGAAUUGAAUAACGGGAAGACGUAGCAUUCUUUCUAUCCAUCAGUUUCUUCUUCCUCCUCCUCCUUGAUCAUCAUGUGAUUCCAUUUACAGUUCAAUCUUUUCAUGAAAAAUUCACUCUUUUUCCAGACCAGAGAAGCAGAACGAUCCAUUUGACCUUCCAGCUUCACCUCCUUCUAUUUAUCGCAUUUCCGUUUGAUUAUAAGUGAUAAUGCUGACCAGAGCUCUCGGACGAGUUCGAAUUCCUGCGUCGGUGAUUCAGGGAUCGAACAAUUCGAGUGGGGUUUUCGAGAAUUCGAAAUUGGGUCCGAUUGGUGUUUCCUGUAGAAGAUGGUUGUCGAGCGAGAGUGGGAAACGCGUUGCGGCAAUGUGGGGAAGCGGAGAUUACGGCAGAUUAGGGCUCGGAAACUUGGAGUCUCAGUGGAGACCUGCCGUCUGCUCUGCCUUGAGUGAUCACAGCAUCAGAGCUCUCGCUUGCGGCGGAGCUCACACUCUUUUCCUCACCGAAACGAGGAGAGUCUUUGCAACAGGUCUUAAUGAUUGUGGCCAACUUGGCAUAUCAGAUGGUAAAACUCAUGCUAUGGAGCCUCUUGAAGUUUCUGGACUAGAAAAGGAUAUUCAGCACAUCUCAGCUGGCUAUUAUCACUCUGCUGCUAUUACAGUGGAUGGGGAACUCUACAUGUGGGGAAAGAAUUCGAGUGGACAGCUUGGACUGGGAAAAAAGGCUGCAAGAGUGGUACAUGUGCCAACCAAAGUGCAGGCUCUGCAUGGAAUCACCAUCAAAUCCGUGGCUUUGGGUUCAGAGCAUUCAGUUGCUGUUACUGAUGGAGGUGAAGUCCUGAGCUGGGGAGGAGGGGGAUCUGGGAGACUUGGCCACGGUCACGAGUCCAGUUUUUUUGGCAUCUUAAGAAGUAACAGUGAGUUUACUCCAAGGCUUAUCAAGGAACUCGAGGGGAUUAAGGUUAAAAAUGUUGCUGCUGGUCUGCUACAUUCAGCAUGCACUGAUGAGAAUGGCUCUGCUUUCAUGUUCGGAGAGAAAUCUAUAAAUAAGAUGGGCUUUGGAGGAGUAAGGAAUGCUACAACACCAUCCAUUGUCAAUGAAGUGCCAUAUGCAGACGAAGUUGCAUGCGGUGGCUACCACACAUGUGUCGUUACAAGAGGUGGGGAACUUUACACCUGGGGCUCAAACGAAAAUGGGUGCCUUGGCACAGAUUCAACUUAUGUCUCACAUUCCCCUGUGAGAGUUGAAGGUCCUUUCAUGGAAUCAACUGUGUCUCAGGUAUCUUGUGGGUGGAAGCACACUGCAGCUAUUUCAGAUGACAAUGUCUUUACCUGGGGAUGGGGAGGUUCUCACGGUACAUUCUCUGAAGAUGGACAUUCCUCUGGUGGACAACUGGGACAUGGUAGUGAUGUAGACUAUGCAAGACCAGCAAUGGUGAACUUGGGAAAGAAUGUAAGAGCAGUGCAUAUAUCUUGUGGCUUCAAUCAUACCGGAGCAGUUCUCGAACAUUUUUGAAGACUCCUUGGGCUCGAUUUCGUUUCGUAUACAUCUGUUUUGUUUCGUUAUUAUUUCUUAAACUCUUAAGAUUUGAGUGAGGAGAUUGUACAUCGGAAUCAACAUUGUAGAAAGAAAUUUAUGGUACACUAAUACAAAAGAAGAAGAAUACGAAUAAUAGCAAAGUGCAGCUUCAACAGUGAGUUUUUCUCUUUCUAACAUUUCUUGUCAAAUAAAUGACUUGC